CCCCUGAUUUCUGCUAAAAGAUAUACGAAAGUCCCCGUCCUAGUGAUGUCUACAAAAAAAGGGAGAGAGAGAGGGUCCAAUUUGGGGAGACGGGGCGAUCUCUGAUAUGGAUCAACUGCCAUCUGUGCACAAUUUACUUUCAGGUCGCGAAUUGCGGAAUUUAAUGAUAUGGGUGAUUAUCGGCGAAUACUUUGAGCCCAUUAGGGGGUCGUGUGAAACGCUAAUAGUGUUUGUGUCACGUGUCUGGUUUGGAGACGGGUGGGGGGAUAGACGCUUUAAAGACUGCGCUCCGGUCACGCUGCGAGACUGACAGACAGAAGCAGAGGAGUGAACACAACACUAGGAGGUGAUCACCGCCACAGAACCCGGUCUGAUGAAGUUUGAAAACAAGGAGCAGACUAAGCUAUGAGAAGUUUCUCUCCGGGCGCGUAAUCGAGCACAUCAAUCUCCAAGAGUCUUUCUGCGUAAAGGAUGCCUCAGCUGAAGAAGUGACAAUGACGUCCAGUCAUAAGAUUUCCUUUUCUAUAGUUGACAUAUUGGAUCCGAACAAAUUCAACAGUAAGAAGGUAAACGAACUUUCCAUCAUCAAGGAGAAGUUGUUACCUGCGCCAAACGCGGAGAGAACAACUUUGGAGUCGGACAGCACUGCAGGUGGAGACUCCAGACUCGAGCGCACAGAAGCAGAAGAUGCAAGAGAUGAACAAUCUGCACUCUCCAGGCACCCCGAAGUUGUUGUAGACCCCAAUCUUCUCUCCCCACCUGCGGACACGGAGCCCUGUCUGACCGGGCAACAGGACAGUGGAGACGGGGAGUCAGCGGUCACCUUGCAGGACCAGUCAACGCACAAGCGCCGGCGCCCGGACCAGGCCUGUGCCAAACCACGGCGAGCCAGAACAGCGUUCACUUACGAACAGCUUGUGGCCCUGGAAAACAAGUUCCGCGCAACUCGGUACUUGUCUGUGUGCGAGAGACUAAACCUGGCCUUGUCACUAAGUCUAACCGAAACCCAGGUGAAAAUCUGGUUCCAGAACCGGAGGACCAAGUGGAAAAAGCAGAACCCCGGGGCGGACAGCACCUUGCAGCCCGGCUCUAACUCCCUUAUUAAUGUUAGUCCGAACCCAGCCACGUGUGGGUCGAGCUCUGCCAGCUUCCAUCAAACUUUCUCCAACUUCACCUCUGGAAAUGUGAUCUUCCACGCAGCGGGUGGUGUUCCGCUUUCAACCACUGGAGGUCUCCUGCAUCCCUUCAUGUCCAGCGGAUUCGUCCAGCCGUCUUACUUUAAUCCACAUUUAUAAAACAAACCAAGACUGAUAUGUUGAAGCUGGUUAUACUCAGAGAAAAGUGAAUUUUUGUAACACUUUGGGACAAAAUAAAUGCUCACGUUGUCAAACUGACUCACCACGAUGAGAGUUUAAAAUUAUCAAUGCCCUAUAAAAGGCCAUAUUUCCAAAAUAAGUGACCCAUAACUUGUGAGCUCAACCAUAAUUUAAGCAAUUAUUUAAGUGUUUCUUAGUUCUGCACUAAUAGCUUGUGACUGGAUCUGCCGACACACCCCUCAACAGUUGAUUUGACAGCUCAUAUUCUGUAUCAGCAUAUUGUGUUACACCUGAACCUGUGGCAUAUUGGUAAACUGUUUCUACCUCCCAAGUGAAUGUACAUGUUUUUCUCUUGCCAUUUAUACAAAAUUAUCAGUGUAACUUAUAAUAAUAAAAAACAUGAAACGUGUAUGUGUGUAUCUUGUAUCAGCAUUAAAAUGAGAGUACAUUUGCAGAAUAUUCACUAAGACCUUUCCAAUUUUA